AUGAUCAAUUAUUAUGUUGAUGGUAUUCGAGUUACAUCGAAGGAAGAUGCAAAGUUUGAGAUAAAAGCAAAUCCCAUUACUAAUUCUCCAAUCAAGACUAUUCAUACAAGAUUUGGAGACAUUGUUGAUUGUGUUGACAUUUACAAACAACCAGCUUUUAACCAUCCCUUAUUAAAGAACCAUAAAUUGCAGCUAAAACCCAACUUUGAAAUUAAAAAAACAACUGUGGAUAGUUUACAAAUUAAAUCCGUGUUUGGACUUGAUGAUGAGGAGAAUUGUCCAGAAGGAACGGUUCCUAUCCAGAGAACGAUAAAAGAUAAUUUUAACGAAGAAAAAUUAUCAUUAAAUCCUCAUAUAUUGGUUAAAAACAUUCCCGGUGUUCAUCUUGCAGAAGUAUCUCUGAACGGACAUUUUGGUCCUUAUCAUCAAGUUAGUGGAACUACUAGCACUUAUAAUCCACGAAUUUAUAAGAAGAAUCAAGUCUCUAUGUCUCAUAUUUGGGUUGAAAAUGGAUCCGGAAACGGUGUCAACAAAAUUUCUGCAGGAUGGCAUGUGGAUCCAGGAUUAUACGAUGAUUAUAAUACCCACUUUUAUUCUACAUGGACGUCAGAUGAUUUUGGGAAGACAGGAUGCUACAACCUGAAGUGUUCAGGCUUUUUUCAGAUUGACAAAUAUAAUUAUCUUGGUGCACAUAUCUCCAACAUAUCUACAUAUGGUGGACCAACUUAUGAUAUUCAAAUGUCUAUUACUCGGGAUCCACAUACAAAAAAUUGGUGGUUAACUGUUGGAGGUAAAAACAUCGGAUAUUAUCCAGCAAAAUUAUUCUCGAACUUGGAUUCAGCAAGCAUAGUGGGGUGGGGUGGGAGAACAAGAGCUAAUGUUGGUGAUACGAGUCCUGAAAUGGGAUCUGGACAUUUUCCCGAUGGAAAAAGUUCCCAUGCAUGCUAUUUUAGAUCAGCAACGAUUGAAGAUGAUUCAGGAGACAUCUAUGGACCUAAAUCUAAUCAAAUUGUAUCUUAUAGUGAUGCCACUAACUGUUAUGAUGUUCAUUUCUUUGGACAUCAAGGAGGGGAUGCCGGAAUUGUUCUCCAAUUUGGAGGACCUGGGGGUAGUUGUGGAACUUAA